GGUCAAUAGUUGGUAGUGCGCUCCAGGUGCGAACAAUUAGAGCCGAAUGUGAUGACACAAGAGCUGUCUAAGCAGAAUAAGGAAGAAGAGCAAGACGAACAUAAAACAAGAUAACUUUUAACAGGAGUUCCAAAGCGUGUUGUGGUAUAGGAGAGGCUUUUUUUUUUUUUUUUUUUUUUUUUUGAGAUGCUCAGCGGGAGUGUGUACAUCAUCCCAACCGGCAGGCAACUGCCUAGAACGCCGCCUGUGAAAGAAGUGAAGAAACUGAUUCUAAAAUAUGACAAUGUGGCAAUGCACCAGAGGACUGAGGGGGACAGCAGAGACCACCCUGACCCACCUACAACGAAGUUGAACACUCCAGGCACAAAACAAGGUUUUUCAGAUUUCUCUGAAGCCUUGCUGACCGGGAUGAAGGGCUAUAAAUUAACGGCGGGUGACCUGGAUUUCAUGAAGAAGAUGCAAGCGGAGAAACAGACAAAGCAGUUGCAGGGAGAGCUGGAGCGGGUGCAAAAUGUUAUUCAAAGUGAGCGAAUGGCCUUGGAGCUCACGUUGGCCUCCAGGGAGAAGAUUCAAGAUGCUCUUGAGAAUCUCCCACCAUACUCUGAGCUUGUGGAGCAUCUCAAGCAGGUGCUUGGAAUCGUACUUCCCUCUGUCAAAGUGGCAGAGCAGGAUAUCCGGUCACUGCUGGCCAUGGUGACCAAGGAAGAUGUGGCGAGGCUGCUGAGCCAGAAGGAGCAGGCUAUCUGUCACUUGGAGAAGAAGAGGCAGAGAAAGGAGCACACUAAAGCACACCUGGAGUACAAACUUGUUGAUGAUCAGCUGGUUAUCCAACAACUGAUGAGAGAAUUGUCUGAACUCAAAUCUAGGGCUCAGCUUCAGAUAGUCAGAAGGAAGGUAGAGACAAAAAAGGAGCUGCCCAGGAACAGGAAUUCAGCAAGAAAGGACACAAGUAAGAGCACAAACAAAGCCCAAAAAUCACCUUCAAAGUCCACAGUGAGCAAGACUCCAGAAGCAGCUGCAAUAUUGCAACCAUUACCAGAUGAGUCUAAGCCUGUACGAGUUGCCCAAGGGAGACGGAAGGCAGUCCGACACCCAAAGGAUGAAGCGGAAAGCGUCAAAGAGCUAGACAACUCUAAGAAGGCUCGGCACACAGGUGGGCGACUUCAUAAGCAACAGGAGGAGAAUAUUGUUCCUAGACGCUCCAAGAGGAUUGCCAACAGGAGGUAGUGGUGCUCAAGCCAAACGGUUGAACCUCAAGAAGAUGCUUUUUAAGUGUUUAGUUUUAGACUUUUGUUUUAAUUCUUGUUUUUAUACAUUAAUGCCAUGCCUCCUUUUUCACAGGAGUAGUUGACUAUUUUUGCACAUUUUUUUGAACACUGGAACUUUUAAAGAGGAGCACAUGCAGGACUUCUUAAAUUGAUUUUAAGUGUAGGUCGGGUAAGUAUGAAGAACAAAUCAAUUCAGUCCUCACACUGUUGUAAAACUGAAUUGUACCUCGUGAAACUUUAAAAGGCUUGUUCAAAGUUUUAAAUCUUUCUGCACAACUUGCUGUUCUUUAGCCAGGACAUGACCAGCGAACUCCAUCCAAUCCUUUAAUCCAUGACAUGACUGAUUACAAUUUCUGGUUCAAUUAAAAUUGGUAUUUAUUA